AGAUGACAUGCAGCCGCUUUUAUUUGGAGGCAACCAAGUACUCCUUUUUUCCUCUUCGCACCCCAUUCUCUCUUUCUCUCUCUUCUCAUGAAGAUUGAGAACUCCAUUUUCAUUACUCUUUACAUUUUAUAAAAUUCCCAUUUUUUUUUUCUAUUUUUAUAUCUUCAUCUAAAAAUCCCACCAUUAAAGUAUCAAUCUUUAUUUAUUUUGACUCCAUGAAGAAAUGAUAAUCCAUUGUUGUGGCCUUUUUUCUGAUCCUUGUGCAAAAAAAGAAGUUAAAGCAUCAGUCAAUAAAUGUUGGUUUGGUGACCUGCUACCUAGCUUGUGAUUGAUUGUAAAAACAGUUAUGGAUUCUUCUUUUGAGGGGGCUGUGCUUGAUCCAGUGAAAUGCAGUAAGUUGAGUAUGGAGGAGAGAAGAGAAAUUGUGUAUGAAUUAGCAAAGUGGUCUGGUGGUGCUGCAGAAAUGCUACAAUCUUGGAGUCGUCAAGAUAUUUUGCAAAUCUUGUGCUCCGAGAUGGGGAAGGAGAGGAAGUAUACUGGUUUGACAAAGUUGAAGAUCAUAGAGCACCUCCUUAAAGUAGUUUCUGAAAAGAUUUUAGUUGACCACGACAAUGGAGUCCAUGAACAACAGUCUUCACCUUCAAUGGCGCAGAAGGUUCCAAAGAAGCCUAGGAAGCCUGAUAAUCCUUCUCGUUUUCUUGUUUCUGCUACCAAUACCUCAGCGUGCAACAGUGACAAUGAUUUUGACUCAUCCACAUAUUGCAAAAAUUCUGCUUGCAAGGCCAGAAUGAGCAAGGAGGACGUGUUUUGCAAGAGGUGCACGUGCUGUAUUUGUCACAAAUAUGACGACAACAAGGAUCCUAGCUUAUGGCUGACCUGUUGCUCAGAGCCUCCUUUUCUAGGAGAUUCGUGUAACAUGUCGUGUCAUCUGGAAUGUGCUAUUAAACAUGACCGGUCCGGCAUUGCUAGAAAUGGGCUUGUAUCGCAGUUGGAUGGUAGUUUUUAUUGCAUCUCUUGUGGGAAGAUGAAUGAUUUGAUGAGCUGUUGGAGAAAACAACUAAUAAUUGCAAAGGAAACAAGACGGGUGGAUAUCCUAUGUUAUCGUAUCUCCCUGAGCCAGAAGCUGCUGGCCGGAACAAAAAAAUAUCAGAAGCCUUCUGAUGUCGUUGAUGAUGCCAUUAAAUUGCUUGAAGGUGAAGUAGGUACUCUAACUGGUGUUCCUGUUAAGAUGGGUAGAGGGAUUGUUAACAGACUAUCAUCAGGUCAAGAAGUUCAGAGACUCUGUGGUUCUGCUGUGGAGUUGUUUGAGUCAAUGUAUCAUCAAACGCCAUUGCACCUAGGCAACAACAUCUCUCCAGCACUGGCUAUUCCAAGAACAAUAACUUCUAGUAUAAUCAAAGUUGAAGCCAUUAAUGCAACAUCUAUCACUGUCAUCUUGGGUCCUGAUAAUUCUUUAUCAGAAAAGAAUGUGGGUUACUCGUUGUGGCAUCACAAGGCUAUUGACAGAAAAGAAUUAGAACACCCUACUUGUACAUUGUUUCCUCCACAAACCAGGUUCAUAGUCUCGGGUCUUUCUCCAGCAACAGAAUACAUUUUCAAGGCUAUCUCCUUCAAUAACACUAAAGAGUUGAGCUCGUCUGAAGUCAGACUAACUACGACCAUUUCUACUGAUGAUGUUGUCAAGUGUUCAACAUUCGAAAGAGUUCAGAGCCCAGCAACCAACUGCAGCACUCUUUCUAAUCCGUCUUCUGUGGAAGAUGAAACCAAUAAUAUUGCACCCUGCAGUAAUUUAAAUGAGAACAAAGCAGAGAAUUAUUUCAAUUGCAGUAACAGUCAGAACCCUUCUUGUGCAUCAGAUGAGGAAAAUGUGACAGGUAAUGCCGUAAAAUUUGAAAUGAAACGCUCAACAGAUGGUCAACUAGGUGAAGCAAUGAGCACCGAUGAAUCAAACGACCACCCUGAGAAGACUAAUACGCCUUGUGUGAGACCUGAAACUAGCUUGCCAAUAACUCCUUCCCGACAAGAAAGUUCAAAAGAAGGCACCAUUAAAAAGGGGCCCCUGAAAUCCCGUAUCAAAGAUCAAGAUGACGGGUUGGAUAAGGAAGGAGCAAAGGAGAGACGUUCAUCCAAGAAAAGAAAAGAGAUAGAAAAUGAGGAAUGUGUUGGAGACGGCCCUUUGGGAAGUCAGUUAGAGUACUGCAUCAAGGUAAUUCGCUGUCUCGAAUGUGAUGGUCAUAUUGACAAAAGCUUCAGGCAGAAGUUUUUAACUUGGUACAGCAUUAGGGCAACACCACAAGAAACUAGAAUUGUUAAGGCCUUUGUUGAUACCCUCCUUGAUGACCCAGCAUCCCUCUCAGAGCAGCUCCAAGAUACAUUCGAAGAGAUAAUUUCGAGCAAGAGGUUGUCCGUUGUUCCCCCCGGCUUUUGCUUGAAGCUUUGGCAUUGAUCUGUACUGAUCAAAGGGUCUUGGUCUGAGGAUCACUCAUUAAUUUUUGACCUUGAGCCCCAAAAUGGAAGGUCUCGGUCAAUACUAAUUCUUUUAGACCUUUAGGAGCAUGCUACCAUUCAGCAUUUCCUGUACCCUUAUUAUUACUAUUUAUCAUUAUUAACAGCCAUUCUUCAUUGAUAACUAUUAACAACAUUUGUCGACCAUUCAAUAUUUAUCAUCAUUUGCCAUCA